GGCUCAGAGAUCCCUGUGUUUAUGAUGCGGUUGGAGGCUUAGGAGGUCCAGUACUCGACACGAGGCGGUGCGACGAACGCGGUCCUUGGCGGUGCCGGCGCCGAGCUCCAGCGACCUCCCGUGGGAACGCAGCAGACACUGACGGAGGACCUGGGCUUCACCACGUCGCCCCUUGAGCCGAGACACUUGUUCCUACGUCAGGAGAGCCGCCGUGAGGAUGCGUGGCGUCACCUUCCCUUCCCUCUUCCUGCUGGCGGUCGCCCUGUCCGCUGUCGCUUCCCUCCCACAGGCCCCAGCGGAGGUGCAGUGGUCGGAGGCGGUGGUGGAGGUGAACCUGACAGCCGCCGACGCCCGCCCAGACGCCCACGACGAGAUCAGAGGAACCGCCCGCAGCAUCCUCACCGUCACCAUGGACACCAGGCAAUACCGGUUGACCUUGAAACCAAGCACCUGGCUAGUGUCUCCAGGAGCGACCUUGUCCAAGCUAGGUCACGGAGGUCGGAAAGCCCAUAUCUUACCUCUCGUGUCACGCCCAUGUCUGUUCCUCGCCCAUGAACAGCCUCACGACAGCGGACCUGUAGGAACGCUGUCACUCUGUCACAGUGAUGGACCGAGAGUGAUGCUCAUGAUAGGCGAGGAGGUGGCAGAGCUCCUGCCACUCGACCCGACCUACCUUCACCACGCAAGCAUCUACAAGAGAGGGCACCUGACAACACACGUGGUGAAGAGGCACCCCCUGCCCGCCAUUGUGGAUCUGGAGUGUCAUAAUCAUGAGAAUUGCGGUCGGUCGCCCCCGGGUUCCUUUGCCAUACGUAGCCGGGAUAUAAGCGGUUUUGAUGAUCGACCCAACAAUUUGAAAUUAAAGCGUUGA